CUUAAUUUCAGUCCCCGCGCUGUGCUCCUCCCACUCCUCCCCUUACUUUCUUCCUUUGAGCCUACAACCCCAUCUACGGGAACUCUUAGGGAGCUUUCGUCUGAGAAUAACAAGGAAACUGUACUCUGAAGGUUCAAUUCCGCCUUCCGUAGCCUUAUAUACUCUACUACACAUAGUUUCGUUGGCGAACUCUACAAAGUAAGCUUUAUCGCACGCUCUGACGCAACAUUCUUACCCCACACCCAGACCCCAGCCUUUUGCUAUCGAUCACCCCACCUUCCUUCUAAACACUACAUCAUGGCAGAAAACAGCAGCAUAGCGCUGGAAGAGAGGUUUGAAAAACAUUUGGAAGUUCUUUCCGCGCGUAUAGAAAAGUUAGAGAAGCUUAUGUCGCCGCCUGGGACACCAGCUCCAACCUCCAGGCUGCUAAGUCUUCCGAUUGAAUUACGUCUGGAAGUUUAUCGCCAUUGCAUCCCUCAAAAUCGCACAGUCGAUGUGGAACUUUCAUGUUUCAUAUACCAGUCCUCCGAUUUAGAUGAUAUGCAGGAUUUCGCAGGGUUUAUCUACGAUUUGGAGGACGGUUCUGGGGAUCGUCCCGAUUUGGCGAACAACAUCUCUAUCUCCACAUAUCGAAAUGGAAUAAAGAGCAACCUAAACAGUAUUUUACGUGUGUCGAAGCAGAUCAGCGAGGAAGCCCUAAAUGUCCUCUACGGAGACAAUUACUUCGAGCUUCGUCUAACGGGGUUCGGCAAAUCCCAGUUCAGGAGAAACUUUUCCUACCAAAACAGGCAAAGAAUAAAGCGUUUGGUACUUAUUGCGCAGCCUGAGGAUUCUUCGUGUACGAAGCAGAGUAGAGUCGACGAUGCAUUGUGGCGUUUCAUGCUCCCUCAGUUGACGAUGUUGCGGAUUGUAAUAGACACACCAGUCUAUAAGGAGAAUAUUUUCGAUGCGCGAACGCCCAAGCAAAAGAUGGAACAGUGCAUUAAUUGGCUUCUGCCAUACAUGCAAUGCUUUGGUCAAUACUUAAGAGCAGAAACUAAAGUUGAGGUUGAUGCUAAUGGCCACGCGGAGAUGGAAGAACUGGCCAAGGAUUGUUUACCACAUGGCUAUCAAAAAGUAAAGUAUCUUCGUUUUGGCUUCUUCAUUUUGUAGAGGAGAGUGUUCAUGGAGUCUGGGAAAUGGAAUGACAAUGACGGCUUCUGGAGGGUCUGCGAUCCUAGUGAGUUUGGAUCAGAUUAAUCUGUCGAAGCAGCUCCCAAUAAAGUAAUAUGGUGAAAGUUCAUCGGCCUUUGAUCUGGUGAGCUUGCCUCAAAAUAUAUUUCCGCACCGGGUAUUGCCAUUGUCUCUUCUACUCGUAGCCAAUUCCAAUAAAG